AAGUUUUCCAUUAAUUACAGUACGCAUGACAACGUGAUAUUGAUUGUUGUUGAGAGAUUAUUUUCUGGGUUUCGAAAAUCACGAAUCUGUCUGUCUGCUGGGUCGCGGGAGUGCACGGCGACGGAUCGCCUCGAAGGAACGAUUCACAGGCGCCGGAUGGUGGUUCCGUUAGGUUACGAGUACCACUCUGUUCUGUAUCUUCUACGAGGGGCAGCGAGGCACAGUAGACUUUUUCAUUUGCGGGAGGGCUAGGUUAGGUGGAUUAUGGACUUGACUUGGGGGCUCGGGACUUGGGAGUUGGGACUCGAGAGGCCAGCUGGGCAGGUUAGUUUCAAGACUAUCUUACCUUACCUGACCUUACCUUUCGAUGCCCUGGGAGGCUGGGACCGAUGGGAAGCAGCCCAGCAUUACAAGGCUAAGCCUGUGCCUGACUCCAUGGCCAUGCGGGCCGGACGGGAAUUGGGUGUUUUUUCAUCUGGUUUGGGUAGAGAUUCUCUGGGAGUGGGUAUCAAUCCAGAGAGAGGACAGGAUGGCAAGGCGGCCAGCUCAAACUGUGCCUCUGUACUGUGCAUGUUAGUUGUUUUGAAAGGAGAAGAAGAACACCUGGAGGGCUUAGGUUCUGUUGCUAUGUUCGAUGGCGCAGCUCUCAUAAGCGGGGCAGGUGAGCAGGAAAAGAAAAGACGGAGACGCGCAAUAACGGAGGACGCACCGGGUUGAGGCCGGCCUGGCGUGUCUAGCAGUUUGGCAGUAUUGUCAACCAUGGGAUGAACCUGGAUCGCGACGGUCCAUGGCGGGUAGUCUAGCGAUGGCAUGUUUGUUUAGUCGUAGCCCAUAGCUUGAGGCCUGUAUCCUGUAGGUGGAAAGUGGGAUGGAUUGAGUAUCGGUGCACGUAUGGACAGAUUAGUUACUUGGAUCAUUGAGAAGAUGGCGGAAGGGAUCAUGCAGGUCGAUAGAACAAUGAGCUUGGGGGGUUUCUUCCGACCGGGGUUGCAUGGUGAGUAGUAAGUAAGGUAUCAUCGUCUUGUAUUGGUGAAUCUUGUCCGAGUAUGUGCUUGCAUGUAUCGUGGGAGUGUGGUG